UCACGUGCCGGGCGCGAGCCUCCGCCUCCUGGGCGGGUGCUUCCUGUGGCAGUCUCCGCCGCCGCCCGGGGGCCGCGGGAAGCCUGGCGGUCCCGGGCUGUAGGAGGCCCGGUUUUGGUUCGGAUCCGCCGCGAGGUAUCUAGCCUGCCAAGAUGCCAGGGCCAAGACCUCGCAAGGGCCCUAAGACCAGAGGCCAGGGUGCUGAAACUGCAAAGCAGCUGGGUCUUUUCGUGGAGUUCAACACUGAGGACAUGCUCCUGGGGAUGGAUGAGACUGAAGAUGAGGGUGACCUGGAGGCUGAGCUGUUGGCUCUCACUGGAGAAGCAGGGAGCACAAGCAGGAAGCCAGCACCAAAGGGCCAUGCCCCACUGCCCAUGGCCCACAUUGAGAAGUUGGCAGCAGACUGUAUGCAAGAUGUGGAGGAGGAGGAGGAGGAGGAAGAGGAAGAGGAAGGGCUGGAGGAGGAUGCAGACCUGCUGACAGAGCUACAGGAGGUCCUGGGUGUGGAUGAAGAGACUGGACUGCUCGAUGGCAGUGAGGCAGCAAGCCCAGACUUGUCUGAGGAGACGACACAAGACAAUACUGAACAACCUGGAAUGCAGACAGCCUCCCAACAGGCUUUACCUGCAAUGCCUCAGGCUGGAGGGCCUCGGGGGCUGCAGGCUUUGCUGGAGGAACGGAUCCAUAACUACCGGGAGGCCGCAGCCAGUGCCAAGGAGGCUGGUGAAGCUGCCAAAGCCCGGCGCUGUGAGCGAGGCCUGAAGACUUUGGAGUCCCAGCUUGCCACUGUGAGGAAAGGCGGGAAGAUCAGUGAGGAUGAGAUUCCACCUCCAGUGGCCUUGGGCAAAAGGCCCCCACCCCACCUGGAGAUAGCCAAUAGGAACUCUGAGACAGACUCUUCAGCUCCCUGUGCCAUGGAGCCAGACAACCAUUUCCACUCUGAGAGCAGCCCCCCAGGCAGCUCUGCCAUUGCUCCCCUGCCUAAUGCAGACCCAGACUCAAAGGCCCUGCUGUUAGCCCGACAGAGAGAGUACAAAGUAGCUGCUCUCAAUGCCAAGCGGGCUGGAGAUGUAGAUCGUGCCCGGGAGCUCAUGAGGAUCGGGAAGAGAUUUGGUACUGUCCUGGAGGCCCUGGAGAAGGGGCAGCCUGUGGAUCUGAGUGGCAUGCCCCCAGCACCUGAGGAUCUGAAGACCCUCACACAGGCUUCUAAGGCCCACACAGCAACUGGAGCACUGUCCCCAGCAGUGGAGCAGGUGCAGCCAGUGAUGGCCUCUGACCUCCCAGCCACCCCAGAGCCAAAAACAGUGCUGGAUGCUUUACAGCAGAGGCUGAACAGGUACCGGGAGGCAGGCAUCCAGGCCCGGGCCAGUGGGGAUGAGCGCAAGGCCAGGAUGCAUGAUCGAAUUGCCAAGCAAUAUCAGGACGCUGUUCGAGCUCAUCAAGCAGGGCAGAAAGUUGACUUUGCUGAGUUACCUGUUCCUCCAGGAUUUCCUCCCAUCCCUGGCCUGGAGACCAGGAAAGGAAUCCAGGAGGACUCAAUGGCAGCAACUUUGGCAACUGCCCAAAAACUGGCCUCAGAAGAUGCAGACCUGGUAGAUGAAGAUGAGGAGAGUGACACCCCAACACAGGCCCCAGUGGCCAAGAAGCCAGCACAGCCUUCAUCUCGUCUUCUGACAGAGCCCAAGGCCUCGGGUUCUAAGGAACCACUGAGUCCAUCUGCUCGGGAGCAGCUGGCGCUGCUGGAGGCCCGGAAACUACAAUACCAACGAGCAGCUCUGCAGGCCAAGCGCAGGCAGGAACUGGAGCAGGCCAAAUCCCACUUCCGAGUGGCUAAACGUCUUGAGGCCCAGAUCACCCAGGUCCGAGCAGGCCAGCCCAUUGACCUCUCCAAGGUGCCUUCACCCUUGAUGGAUGAAGAGGGUGACUUCAUCCUCAUUCACCAUGAGGAUCUGCGACUCUCGCAGAAGGCUGAGGAGGUGUAUGUCCAGCUACAGAAAAUACUCCUGGAGCAGCAUGAGAAGUGCCUGCUGUUCUCCAAGCAGUUCAUGCACCAGGGCAAUGUGGCUGAGACUACCCGGUUUGAGAAGCUUGCUCAGGACCGAAAGAAACAGCUUGAGAUUCUGCAGCUAGCCCAGGCCCAGGGCCUUGACCCUCCCAGCCACCACUUUGAGUUGAAGACAUUUCAGACCGUGAGGAUCUUCUCCGAACUCAACAGCACAGAAAUGCAUCUGAUCAUCGUUCGGGGAAUGAACCUCCCAGCCCCACCAGGAGUGACUCCCGAUGACUUAGAUGCUUUUGUGCGCUUUGAGUUUCACUACCCUAACUCGGACCAGGCUCAAAAAAGCAAAACAGCCGUGGUAAAGAAUACAAACUCUCCAGAAUUUGAACAAGUUUUCAAACUAAACAUCAACCGAAAUCACCGGAGCUUUAAGAGGGUGAUCCAGAGCAAAGGAAUCAAAUUUGAGAUCUUCCACAAAGGAUCCUUUUUUAGAAGUGACAAGCUGGUUGGCACAGCACACCUGAAAUUGGAAAGGCUGGAGAAUGAGUGUGAGAUCAGAGAGAUUAUGGAGGUUUUGGACGGAAGAAAGCCCACUGGGGGGAAGCUGGAGGUGAAGGUGAGGCUUCGGGAGCCUCUGAGCAGCCAGGAUGUGCAGAUGGUCACUGAGAACUGGCUGAUCCUGGAGCCUAGGGGCUUGUGAGGUGGUCAGCCUGGAGAUAAUCGGCCAGCCUGGUACCAGCUCACCAACCCAGCUUUGCUGGCUGCAAGAGCCUCUGUACGUGAGAGAUGCUGCUACCCAAGCACCAAAGACCCGUGGACUAACCGCUGCCUGGGCUUUCCUCAUGCUGCCUCUCCUGGGUCUCCAUGGAAGCGGAUCCUAGGAGCUUCUCAUAUAGCCACCCAUCCCCCAGACAUGGGUGAAGACAAGGAUACCCCCAUUGCUCUGUGCCAUAGAGUCCUAUUGCCCCUUAACCUCUGCAUAGUAAUGACGGACAGUUUUCUCCAGCCCCCAGUUGCCCCAUUUCUGGAUGUGCCUUUCAAAAAAGAUGUAACUGUAAGGGAUGGGAGACUUGAGGGUGAUCGGGAACCUUCCCUGCUUAGGGGAGGGCAGGAUUCCGUGACUCCGGCUGGUCCGUGGCAGCCUGUCCCGGCCAGCUGUUUCCCCUCUGCUGUGCCUUUGGUCCUGUCACCUGCUGCACUAGCCUUCCUGCUUCUCAGGGGCCUCAGGAACAGGAAAGUUACUUUGGUACUAUUGGUGGGAAGGGGAAGGUUUUCUUGGUUUUGGUCCAUGUACCUAAGAUGUUAACUAGGAAGAAAAGAAAAAAAAAAUCAUCAGUUCUGUGUAGCCAUUUUUAUUUUAAAACUAGGUCUAAUUCCCUGUAAGGACUUUAUAUUCUAAACUGUUAAUUUACUAUCAAAGUCUUUAAAUGCCCUGUUCCUGGUCACUCUAAACGCCAAAGUAGCAGUAUCAUGUGUACACUGCACCUGUGCAUUCCUCUUGUGAGGAGGCCUGUCCUUGACUGAUCACUUGGCUAACCCCAAGUUCUAUAGCUUUUGUGGUGAGUGGAUGAAAAUGAAGGGACAGGUAGUUGCAGCAGAGUUAAUAUUCACAAAUACAUUAUUCUAGAUUCCUCAGAAAUCAGCACCUC